AUGCCCCCCACUGCCAUGAAGACGGUCCCCCGCCGUGCGCCUGAGAUUACCGAGGAGGUCGCUGGCAAGGCCAACGCCGAUAAGCUGCACCGCACCGCAAGGGAUUUCCGGAGUGACACCUUCACCAUGCCCACCGAUGCGCAGAUGAUGGCUGCGCUGCAGGCAUCGCGCGGUGACGAUGUCUACCACGAGGACCCGAGCACUGCCGCUCUCGAGGCUCGUAUCGCCAAGAUGGCCGGCAAGGAGGCUGCCCUCUUCGGCACCUCUGGAACGAUGACCAACCAACUGGCAAUUCGCACCCACAUGAAGCAGCCGCCUCAUUCGGUCAUCACCGAUCACCGCGCCCACGUCCACAUGAUGGAGGCCGGCGGUAUCGCCAUGUUCUGCCAGGCAACUACGCACGGCCUGGUCCCCAGCAACGGUGUCCACCUCACCCUUGAAGACAUCCAGCCCGCUCUGCAGCUCGGUACCAACAUCCACAUUGCCCCCACCAAGCUUAUCUGUCUCGAGAACACUCUUUCGGGCAUCAUCUUCCCCCAGGAGGAGAUUGUCCGUAUCGCGGAGCUGGCCAAGAAGAACAACAUUGGCAUGCACCUGGACGGUGCCCGCGCAUGGAACGUUGCUGCUGCCGAGCUCGAGAAGCGCGGCCUCGACCCCACCUCGGAGGCGGACCGUACCACUGUCCUCUCUGACAUUCUCGCCCCCUUUGACUCGGCCUCGCUCUGUCUUUCCAAGGGCAUCGGCGCUCCCGUCGGCAGCGCCAUUGUCGGCUCCAAGGAGUUCAUCGAGCGUGCUCGCUGGUUCCGCAAGGCCUUUGGUGGCGGUUGGCGCCAGUCGGGCAUGCUCGCCAGCAUGGCCGACUAUGCGCUCACCAACUUCUUCCCCCGCCUGCAGGACACGCACACGCUUGCGCGCCGUCUUGCCGCCGGCCUCGAGGAUGCGGGCUGCACCAUCCUCGCCCCCGUCGACACCAGCAUGGUCUUCUUUGACCCGUCGCCUAUCGGCCUCUCGGUCAACGAUGUCACCCAGGGCCUGGCCGCGCUUGACGACCCCAUUGGCCUGAACGCCAACCGCUGUGUCAUCCACCACCAGACCGACCCCCAGGCUGUGGAGGACUUUAUCGCCACCGUCCAGCGUCUUGCUGCUGCCGUCCCCGAGAACUUGCGGCCUCCCCCCGCCACUGAGAAGCUCGGUGCCAAGGACGGCAAGUUCCGCGUCAACGCGCUCGGCUACUAG